GCACACCGCACCGUCUGCAAUAGUAUUACAUGCCCAGUUAUACUAUAUUAUAAUACAUACCGCGACCGCAUUAUUUUUCACAUAUAUACCAGAGAUACCAAUAUUAUAAUAUAGUAAUAUCAUAUAUUUAAUACACCUACGUAGUAGUAAUAGUAGUGCAAUUUUUUUUUCGUGUACAUAAAUACGCUCGUGUGUGAAUCAUUCGCGGUAUUAUUCGUACGCAUCGCGCCGAGUCGAGUCACACGGCUUACGGUUUUUUUUUAUUAUUAUAUAGUACGAUUUAGGUACACGUCACGCGUUUAAAUAUAUCUAUAUAUAUGUAUAAACAAAUACAUAACGUUUUUAACAUAUAUUAUUUAACUUCGCGAGUGCGACCUGUAUGUAUAUAUAUAGUAUAAAGCUAAGGUUUCGGAGACUCUUGUAGAUCACAUCGCAUUUGCAGUGCACCGCGAUCGAUCCACGCGCACCGGAACGGUGUAUUUUUCGAUGGGAUUUUGCAAUCCGUACGUGUCGAUACUGUCGGUCGAUUACAAGUUGCGCGCCAAACUGAUGCCACUGAGGUCUUGAUAAACAUAUAUAUAUAUAUAUAUGUAUAUAUUAUACAUUUCAGCAGCUACAUUCGAAUUCACCAAUAAAAACCAAAAUUCAUAAAAUCCGCCGACGACUCGAACCGUUUAGUCAUCGCGACUGAAUAUUAUACGCAUACAAUAAGAACGAAGACAGAGACAACACAUUUCAAAAAUGGCUUGGAUCAAACGCGGUCGCGGAGAUAAAGCGAUGCAGCAGAUGACGUUCACGAUCGACAUGCCCAUCAGCGAGGACCAGGUGGCCGAGCUGUACGGUGAAGGCGCCCGGAUCCACAGCGUACACCACAGGUCCAGGCCGGAGCAGUCCGUGUUCGCGUCCACAAUGUCGUCCAACGCCUCGGUGGACACGACGGUGGGCUCGACCGCGGCGCUCAUACACAGCCACGCGGCCAAAGUCAAGAAGAAGAAGUACGCUUUCCUCAGGCAGGGCCACAGUGGCAGUGCCCAACAUUCGGCUUCGGCCGCGGCCAACAACGGUUACGUGACCGGCCGCCACUGCCGUGACGCAGCCAUACACAGCCAGAAGGAGCUGAACAUCCGGCUGGCCACGCCCACGGUACCAAACUUUAUCGAUCAGAUACUCAAGAAGAAACAGGCCACCGAACAGGUGUCCGCGAAGCGUCUGAGCAGCGACGACGACGAUGACGACGACGACUGCGACGAUGACCGGGACACGGACGAAGACGACGUAUUCCUGCAGGACCUCAAGUCCGCCGCGAAAAUCCGGACGUCGCAGAACACAUACGUCCCACAGAUCCUUGCUUCGCUAACAGUAUCAUUAUGCUCAAUGGUAGUUGGAUUCGCGUCCGCUUACACGUCACCUGCCUUACCGUCCAUGAACAGACCGGGCAGUCCGCUGACCGUAACCGAGGAAGAAGGUUCAUGGAUCGGCAGUCUCAUGCCACUGGCUGCACUCAUCGGUGGCAUGGCCGGUGGGCCCCUUAUUGAGUCCAUUGGUAGAAAAACCACAAUACUCGCUACUGGAAUACCUUUUAUUAUUUCCUUUAUUCUGAUAGCGAUGGCUGUUAACGUACAAAUGGUAAUGGCUGGUCGGGCGAUAGCCGGAUUCUGUGUAGGAGUGGCUUCAUUAGGUCUUCCUGUAUACUUAGGAGAAACUGUACAACCUCAAGUCAGAGGGACGUUGGGACUUUUGCCCACCACUCUCGGAAACAGCGGAAUUUUGCUAUGUUUCAUUGCUGGCAAAUACCUUAACUGGCAGAUGCUUGCUAUCCUUGGUGCUUGUAUCCCUAUACCGUUCUUGGUGUGCAUGUUCCUCAUCCCCGAAACCCCACAAUGGUACAUAAGCAGAAACAAAAGCAAGAAAGCCAAAAAAGCUCUUCAGUGGCUCCGGGGAAAGGACGCGGACGUAACGCAAGAAUUUAGUGAGAUCGAAAAAGCUAAUCAUAUGGGCAAAAAUGAAGAAAUGCCCGGAUAUCUAAGUUUGUUCUCUAAAAUGUACUCAAAACCGUUGCUUAUAUCUAUGGGACUCAUGUUAUUCCAACAGCUCAGCGGAAUCAAUGCAGUCAUUUUUUACACUGUCAAAAUUUUCAAGGAAGCGGGAAGCACCAUCGACGAAAACUUAUGCACCAUUAUCGUGGGUAUCGUCAAUUUUUUGUCCACUUUCAUAGCAACCGGUCUCAUCGACAAGCUCGGUCGCAAGAUCUUACUGUACGCGUCCAGCACUACGAUGGCGAUCACACUCAUCACUCUCGGAACGUUCUUCAACUAUAAAAACAAUGGUUACGACGUGUCUCAAUACGGAUGGUUGCCUUUGGUCAGUUUCGUGUUUUUCAUCAUCGGGUUUGCUAUCGGCUUCGGACCAAUUCCGUGGUUGAUGAUGGGUGAAAUUUUGCCAGCCAAAAUCCGAGGCACGGCUGCUUCGUUGGCGACAGCUUUCAACUGGGCCUGCACAUUCUUAGUCACCAAAACGUUCGCCGACUUAUUGCGGGUCUUCGGCACAGACGGCACUUUUUGGAUGUUUGGAGGCAUCUGUCUGAUGGGCCUGAUAUUCAUCAUAUUCUGCGUACCCGAGACUCAGGGUAAGAGCUUAGAAGACAUCGAACGCAACUUGACCGGUGUAGGUAAAGGCCCAGUCAGACAAGUAAGAAGGAUGAGCUCGAUAGCGCAUCUAAAACCACUGCCGAUGGCCAUCUAAACGACAGGAAAAAUAAUAAAAUUUUAUUAUGUAUUAACUAUAAAAGAAAAUCGGCGUAUAUAUAUAUAUAUAUAUAUUAUAAUAAUAAUAUUAUACAUCAAUUUUUCUUCGGAACGUUUUCGGAAAUUACAAAAUAUAAAAUUCGCAAGCUUAUAUCCAUGCGCGUACCUCUUAAUAUUUUACAAUAAAAUUUACGUUUUUAUCAUUACAACUUUUUAACUUUAUAAUUUGUAAAUGUGCAUAGACCAUUUUAAAAACGCGUUAGACUGCACUGUUCUAAAGUGUUAUUAUAUAAUGGUGCUAAAAUAUUUCGGACAAUAAUUAAUAAAAUAAAAAUGACUUUUUUUUAAAUUUAUAUAAUAUUAACUAUAUAUACAUAAACUUAAAAAAUACGAUUACAAAAAUGAUAUCGACGAAGGCCGUCUCUUAUUGCGUUUCCACAUUCCGAAGAGUAGGUGAAGUUCCAAUUUUUUAUAUUAAAUUAUUAUUAUUAUUAUUCGUGCUGUGAUAGUGACAGAGAAUCCCCUCCCUCCUGCAGUGUUUAAUAAUGUUUACACCACGAUACGCGUUUAUAAUAUCUAUAGAUCAAAUUCCGUUUUUUAUGAUCGAAUCAAUCCCUCCUCACAAACCCUUCAAGUUUUUUUAUUCGACUUAAGAAUUUAAUAGUAUGAUACGUAUAUAAUAAAUAUAUAUAUAUUAUAUAAUUAUAGUUGGGCACUCGUUAUUGUACUUACAAUUUAAUACAUUAUUACACUAUAAUAUUAUAUAAACCUAUAAUAUAUGUCGAUACGCUUAAGCCACAUUUUUAUAUAGGGGGAGGCCUUCAAGUCUGUGAAGGUGUUGUGUGUGUGUGUGUGUGUUUAGAUUAACGUUUUUAAUAUUAUUAUUAUUAUUAUUAUUAUGUAGGUGUAAAAUACGUAAUUACAACACUAUGUAUACCGUUUAAUGGAUCGGUGAACAAACGACGUUUUUAAGUGUUUUUUUUUAAACGAUUUUUACAUUGCAGUAUACUUGGUACCUAUAUUUUUUCGUUUUUCCUAUCCGUUAUAAGUAAAACCACAUAUGAUUCCAUUUACAAUAUGUGUAAUAUAACGGAUCGUGAAACCGAAAAA